AGUAACUUAAUUGCUGUUCUUCGAGAUCGCAGACGGCUUACGUAUAUAACCGAUGUGCUGUCGAUCUUUUCCCUCAAACGCCGUCUAAGAGUCAGAGCAGGAACUGGAAAGCGAGCUGGACAGCCAGGAUACUUGCAACAGGAAGAAAGGAAAAUUGCACGAUGAGAUUGGUAUUAACGCUCAUUUUACUAGCUGUUUCGCUGAGCUUGAACAGCGCGCGAGUUCGACAGCGUACAAAUAUUAUAUUAAAUUCCACUGUUCGAUCAACCGAUCAACCAGAUUACGCGCAAUCGCGUAAAUCCUCCAAUAACGAGGGACGCAUCAAGCUGGUGCAGAUCCACAAUCAAAUUGGAUUAGACGGUAAAGUGCGAAGAAUCCAUUUGGAUUCCAAUGAGGAGGAUAAACCCGGCAUUCGCGCUUAUGGUUUGCCGAAAAAACGUCUACAAGAUGAUGGUAUUAUCGAAAGAUUGCAUCUUGAAGAUGAUCGCAUUGAUCGCACCUCAAGAAAUGGUCGAUUGGUGGAAGCUUAUGGAAUACCGAAAAAUAACAUGGAAACUAACGGCUUUAUAGAAAGAUUGCCAUUGCCAAGAGCAGGUCAUCAAGUUGCUUCCAAGUUCGGGCCAGAAAGCGAGAAUGUCAGAGUAACGAGAUCGGUUCGCACAGGCUCCGAAAACAAGGUUGAAGAGAAGGUCGUUAACGAGGCGGAGGACAUGGUGGCACAAGACGCUAAGGUCUUCAGGCCACUUUUUGUUUAUAGGCAGCAAGUGGCCGCUAGAGAAAGGCGAAAACAUGCGAGGAACGUAGCACACAGGAAUCAUCGGCAUGCGACACAUCAACCCUGCCAUCAUCGACGAGUGAUCUACUGACUUCAGGAAUAUGAAUAUUAAUAUAUUUUCUCUUUUCAUUUUACAGAAGCUAAACUGAUCAGUUUAGUUUAAAAUUUAAUUAGAUUUUCUAGAUAACAAAAGUAUAAAGAGGAAUCAUGAAAAUACUUAAAAGAAAAAUACCUAAAAGUUUUACUCUUUUAAAUUUUUCAAAAUUAUUUUUAUGAAUAUUUUUGGCUGUAUUUGUUCUAUUUAAAUUUUCUUUUAAAGUACUAAUUUGAUUAGUACUGGUAAUAUGAAAAAACGUAAAAUUACAAAGGAUAUAAGAUAAUUCGUUUUAUUCAAUGCUGUUGCACACAUUAUUAAAAUAAUAAGAUUUCAUAAAUUUUUGAAAUAAUCUAUUUUAUAAGUAACAUUUUUUGCACGUUUGAACAUCAGGUUAAAACCAUGACUUUAUUCUUAUAUAUCUCGUGCACAAUACCAAAAAGUAUUAUCUACAUUAUCUAUUAGUAUUUUAAUUUUAAAUAAUAAUAUUUUGAUUUAUAUUAAAUUAGUU